CUUGUUCGUCUCUUAGAUAUUGGACAUUGGAUUGAAGAGCAUGUUUUGAGUGUUGCGGAGGUUCGUGAUUUACGUUUUUUGGGUUCGCAUUGUGUUUAUCGUUUAAAUAUGUCGAAUAAAAACGAUAUUCUUAACAUUGGUUGCAGUGCCUAUAUGACAGUUUCCUUUCAUUAAGACACGAACUCGUUUCCAAAGUGCCUAAAUAUGGUCAAGCUAAUAUUAUUUGCAUUAAAAUCUCAGCCUACAGCAUAUCUUUGUCUCUUUGGCAGUAUUCCUGUGUGAUCUUACGGGAUUUCACUACCAACUUAGAAUUCUUAAUGGGAGCUACUUUCCAGUGUUUGAGCAACGAGGACAGAUGUGUAUAUUUUUUAAUUCUCAUAGGCUUAAUAACUCGUCACAAUCGUACGGUCUUAAGAACUACAGAUUUUGUGUGUGUGAACGACUUGGUACUUCGCAUCGUAUCAAGGGUAUGGGAACUAUGGAGAGUGUUGCUCAUUCGGUUAAUAAUGGAAUAUAUUUUACGGAGUCAUCACCUCAUGUUUAUAAAUUCAUCACUGAAUGCCCAGAAAAUUUGUCAAGCAGCGGAGAUAACAGUUAUAAUUUUACUAGUGACAGUGAAUUAGACACACAAUUGGGAAAUAAUAGCGUUCAGUUGAUCAAUAUUUCUGAAGUUAAUGACAAUACAUCGUUUACUGAUAUUCAUCCACCUGGUAGUAAACGCAGAUUAUGCACCAACAUUAAUGGUAUCACUGAUAUAAUUACCCAACAACCUUCAUUCACAGAUGAACGUAAUUCUUGUGAAAAACUUACAAAAGGAAAACAAAAGAUACCUAUUGAAUUUAUUUCUGAUCGUACUAAGAGAUGUUCUACUUUUUCAAAACGUAAAACUGGACUUAUGAAAAAGGCUGUGGAAUUGGCUGAAUUAACGGGUGCAGAAGUAUUAUUACUUGUUGCUUCAGAAACAAAUCAUGUUUAUACGUUUGCAACACAAAGAUUAAAAGGUAUUAUUGAAUUGGAAUGUGGUAAAAAGUUAAUACAGACUUGUCUAAGUUCAUCUGUGAAUUCAAACAAUUCAUCGAUAAAAAGUGAUCAGCCAGAUUUAAGCAGUUCGCAAGGUAAUAAAAAUGUAAAUUGUCGGAAAGUUUGCAAGAAGGAAGAUGGUACAGUCAUUGUUAACACUGAUACAUGUAGUAAAAAGGAUUACGUUAGUGAUUUAAAAAAUAUAUCCAAUAAAGACAGUAAAGUGAACUCAACGUUACAAAAUGACACAGUUCCUACAUUGUCAAAUCAAAAUCAUGUUGAUGAAUUGGAGCAUCGUAUUGGUAUCAUCCCAAAAACAAUCAUAGAUUCUGGUCAAAAUGGUCGUACUGUAUCGUUAAAUAAUGAAGCGUUUUGUAAUAAUAUUUCUCAGGCAACUAACAUUUCCAACUCAUCUGAAUGUAAAAAAGUGGUAUAUGUUCCAGUUAGUGUAUCUCCUUCAUCACAAAAUGUUCUCUCAUUAACUCCGUUAUCCUCUAGCCUUCUUCUAACCGCACAAAUGGCCAGAAAUCGAUUACUUUUAGUUCCACAGUUAAAUUCAAUUCCUUAUGUUACAUCAUCUUCAGGAAAUGUAUUAAAUAGCUCACUAAACACACCAAUGUCAAACUCGUGUAAUCCUUAUUUAAUGGGGUUUUUUAAUGUCAGUACAAACAAUGGUUCGUCAGAAAUACUUACAAAUUGUGUAACAAAAGAAUCAAGUGACUUUCCCUCCCGAAGUUCUACUAAUGAAGGCGUAACUAAUCAAGUUAUGAAUAAUUCAUGUAAAUAUAAUUUGAAACCUCCAGAUUAAAUCAAUGCUUAUUCGACCGACCCCUCUAUUUUUCUUUGUUCUCUGGAAACAAAAUGCUUUUCUUUAGUUCAUAAUUUAUUUUACUCCCUCGAUUUUGUUUAUCUUUUUCAAAUUAUCUAGAGUAUUAAAUAUUAUUUUGAAAACAACUUAGUUGUUUUCUCAAGUUAUUUAACAAUUUUGUAACGAAGCUUUUACAAUAAUAUACUCAAAUGUUACCAUUUUUCCAAUUAUUUGAAAGUACUCAAAUUUAUAGUUUUCAACACUUGGAAGCUUUGAAAAUAGCUUUCGUUAAAAAGUGAUAACAACUAGUAAACUUCUGAAAGCACGUGUUUUCCAAGUUUGGAGUGUAUUGAUAGUACCUAUCUUAUCCGCUUCUCCACAAAGAGGGCCGCUUGUGGUUAGAGGCUUUAGGUGACAAGGCUCGAAAUUGUUCUCCAUAGCGCAGACGUAUUCAGUCUUUGUCUUCCUUCAGAUCGUAAGUUUCUUGGCUUUCUUAUUCCACAAACCUAUGUUUUCCCAAACAUAUCUUCUACGCCUUAUUUCUUUUAAUAAUACUGUCAAUAUAUAUACUACUCUGGUAUUUGGCUGUCAUGUGUAGUGGCAAACUGAGCAUAUUCACAUAAGUGGCAGACCUUACGCUAGGUAUGACUGGCUUUGAGUCAUCAUAGAUUUUGAAAGUAUUCUUACAAUAUUAGUUUUAGGAACCUUUUUGUGUCGUCUCCCUUAAUGUAUAUCCCGCUAACAUCUAUAUUCAGCAAUAAGGUCAGUGUGCCUUCGACUAUACCAGUUAAUUAGAAAGGGGUUCUUGUUAUUGUGAUUAAUCUCAAAUAGCCACACGAACGUCUUCAUUUACUGACUUCCAAUAUUUGGCAAAGUGACUAACUUACAUUUUAUGGUAAGUAGAGAUGGAUGGUGGCUAGCAGUGGAAUCCAGGACGCGCGU